CGCGGGACCCCCGCAGGGCGCCGGGACCACUUGUGCCGGGCGGGGACAGGGCCCCGAGCCCCCGAGGGCAGCCCCGGCCGGGCCGGGAGCGGCGGGGAUCUCGCCCGUUCCCAGCCGUCCUUGAGGGCUGGACAGAGCCCUGCGGCCGCCGCUCCAGCUCCCUCCUGUCUUUAGUCCCAGACCUAGGCCCGCCGGGACAGCGGCACAGCCCGCCCUGGGCAGGGAGAACUUCCCGGGACACGCUCUCCGGGGCGGCUGGUCGGGGGCGAGAAGACGGAGCCGGCCCAGCGGGCAUGGAGGGUCAGGAACUGCCUUAUGUGCUAGUUGACUGUAUAGGAGAGAGGCUUGGAGUAUAUGAAGACCAUGCUGGAUUUCUGAAGAAACAUUUUCAUCUCAUCACCAUGAAAGAAUAUCUUGAAAACAAGACAUUUCUCAGCAAAAAGAUUAGAGCUAUCUAUAUGUGGUUUCACAAACCAGUUAUUAAUGAAGAGCUGCUCCAGAGCUUGCCUAACUUGAAGGUAGUUGCAAGUUCUGGAGUGGGAAUAGAUCACUUGGACCUGAAACUCCUCUCCAGCUAUGGUGUGAAGGUGUCCAAUACUCCAUUUAUUGUUUCCACUGACACUGCAGACAUGGGGAUGGCUUUGUUGCUGGCAUCUUCCAGGAGACUUGUGGAAGGCUAUGAGAUGGCAGUCUCCCCUGACACAGAGUAUUUCCCUGCUGACUGGCUGGGGGCUGAGGUUUCUGGAGCAACCCUGGGGAUUGUGGGAAUGGGCACCAUUGGUUACAAAGUGGCUGAAAGAGCCAAAGCCUUUGAAAUGAAGAUUUUGUACCACAACAGAAAUCAGAGAAAAAAGGAAGAAGAAAGUGCUGUUGGAGCUGUUUACUGUAAGAAGAUAGAUGAUUUGCUCCAGCAGUCAGAUUUUGUGCUGCUGGCUGUGAACCUAACACCACAGACACACAAACUGAUUGGGAAGAGGGAGCUGGAGCUGAUGAAACCCACUGCCAUUCUUAUUAACAUCAGCAGAGGUCUGGUAGUACAUCAGGAUGCUUUGGUGGAAGCCCUUCAAAACAAAGUUAUUAAGGCAGCUGCUCUGGAUGUGACAUAUCCUGAACCUUUGCCAAGGGAUCACCCCUUGUUAAAGCUGAAGAAUGUUAUAAUAACUCCUCACAUCGGAAGUGCCACUAAGAAGACACGCUGGGUUAUGAUGGAGGAGAUGGUAGAAAGCAUAAAGGCAGGCCUGGCGGGUCUCCCUAUCCCUCGUGAGGUGCUGCCCUAAAGCAGCUUCCAUUUAGGAUUAAUACCAUCAGUGCAGAAACAGUAAUUUGAUCACUUUUCGUGUAAUUAUCCCACAUUAUGCAGAUAAAGUAUAUAAAACACAGGUUUAAUUGAUUUAAAUACCCAGCAGCGGUUCUGUUGGAAAACUGCAGGGUUUUGUCUUGAUCUUCAAAAGAAAACUCCAGAGUAUAGAGUCUUGCCUCAGUGUCAUUUACUUUCCUCGCAUCCCCUUACAACUGUCUGCAGCUGCAGCAGUGUAAUAAACAUGGAAUGUUAAUUCAUGUUGUUAUGGAUUAUGGUAUGUUAAAAAUCAGAAGUAACCACUGUAAAUAUGUUAUAUGAAAAUGUAACCUUAGUUCCAGCCAGGCUCGGAAUUUACUAAUCCUGAGGCAGGCACCACCCUAGAAUUACCACGUAGGAAAAGAAAAUGAAUUGUCGGGAAACCCGGGCUCCGUCUUUGGCAUCAGAAAGGAGGACACAUUAAGAUAAGCAAUCAGUCCUUCCUCUCGUGGACAGCCGAGACAUCAGAAUAUCAUCGUCGUUUCGAUCUCCGGACGAGAACGCUUUCCAUUCACAAACCUCGGUUUCCAUUCACCCACGGGAAGCCCGAAAUUGGCACCUCUCCCUACCAGAGGAGAAUCUUUUCAGCAGACCAACGACGACGAUGAAUUCGAAUAACCAGUCCCGGGAACAAAGAGACAAAUCUUGUGCCAGGGGCAAAAUAAAGUGUAUAAAACCUGAGCCCCAAACAAGGCAAAUUUGUGAACUUUGGGGGGUCUGCAGUGCGCUAGAGACUGCGUCCCCGUUCACCCUUUGAUGAUCUCCCGGGUCACUGUCUACGUAACUCCGCUGGGGGUUUUUACCGAAAUUCUGUAAUUUGAUUUUUCAAUAAACAAAACCAUAUUUUCAAUUGGAA